AUGGCCUCGGGGGCACCUGGGGAGCGGCUGCGUGACGAGGCCCGCUGCCCUGUGUGCCUGGACUUUCUGCAGGACCCAGUCAGCGUGGCCUGCGGCCACAGCUUCUGCCACAGGUGCAUCUCCGAGUUCUGCGAGAAGUCCACUAGCACGCAGGGCGGACUGUACACCUGCCCUCAGUGCCGCGGCCCCUUUGGGCUGGACAGCUUGCGGCCCAACCGGCAGCUGGCCAGCCUGGUGGAUGGCGUGCGGCAGCUAGGACUGGGCGCGGGGCCCAUGGGUGUGCACCAGUGCGCGCGACAUGGCGAGGACUUGACCCUCUUCUGCGAGGAUGACCAGGAGGCCCUGUGCUGGGUCUGCGACACCACCCUGGAGCACAGGGACCACCGCACCAUGCCGCUGCAGGAGGCCACCAGGGGUUACCAGGCAAAGCUCCAGAUGGCCCUGGAGCUUGUAAGGAAGGAGAUGGAGGAGACCUUCACUCAGGAGGCCAACCUGGGGAAGAAAACUGUCAUUUGGAAGGAGAAAGUGGAAAUGCAGAGGCAGCGCUUCAGGCUGGAGUUUGAAAAGUACCGUGGAUUUCUGGCCCUGGAGGAGCAGCUGCAGCUGCGGCGGCUGGAGGAGGAGGAGCGAGCCACCCUGCAGAGACUCCGCGAGAACAAGAACCGGCUGGGGCAGCAGAGCAGGGCCCUGAGGGAGCUGGCCCAGGAGCUGGAGGAGAAGAGCCAGCGCCCAGCCCUGGAGCUGCUGGAGGGUGUGAGAGGAGUCUUGAGCAGAAGUAAGGAUGUCACACAGCCAGAACUGGAGCCUGUCCCCAUGGAGCUGAGGACAACGUGUCGCAUCCCUGGGAUGAGGGAAAUGUUGAGGAAGUUCCAAGUUGAUGUCAAGCUGGACCCCAUCACUGCGCACCCCAGCCUCCUCUUGACUGCCGAUCUGCGCAGCGUGCAAGAUGGAGAACUGUGGAAGGAGCUCCCCAACAACCCCGAGCGAUUUGACACAUGGCCCUGUAUCCUGGGUCUGCAGACCUUCUCCUCGGGGAGGCAUUACUGGGAAGUCGUGGUGGGAGACAGAGCAGAGUGGGGCUUGGGUGUCUGUCAGGAGACCAUGCCCAGGAAGGGGGAGACCACACCGUCUCCUGAAAAUGGGGUCUGGGCCAUGUGGCUGCUGAAAGGGAAUGAAUACAUGGUCCUUGCCUCUCCAUCGGUGCCUCUCCUCCAUCUGGACCGGCCUCGUUGCAUUGGGAUCUUUCUGGACUACGAAGCAGGGGAAAUCUCCUUUUACAAUGUAACAAACGGGUCUUACAUCUACACGUUCAAUCAGCUGUUCUCUGGUAUUCUCCGACCUUAUUUCUUCAUCUGUGACACGAUUCCUCUUACCUUGCCAUCUAUGACAGACAUGGAGUCAGGAGACUGGGUGUGCAGGGAUCAUCUUGAUUCUGCUUCUAGUGUAAGACACGAUUGCUCCUAAAAUUCACUUCCUGAGGAGUUUGUGCCCAGCAGAACUUCCUGGAGCAGAAUGAGGAUACAGACAUGCUAGGCCCCAGCAAA